AAGAGAAAGAGAGAGAGAGAGAAAGAGAAAGAGAGAGAACGAGAAGCGAAAAAAUUAUCACUUGUGACAUGCAAAUCCUGUUUGGCAUAUAAAGAAUCACGGGUUUUUUUAUCUUUCAUGAUCGUCAUUUUACAAGCUGUAUUAACUGAUUGAAUAUUUUGUAUAUUGAUGACGCUUUAACGGGUGGUGACAAGUACUCAGGGCUGUAACAAUUACCUGCGCAUCAUUUUAUUCUCUUUUAUUUAUUAUUAUUUUUUUCCUUUCUGUUUCUAUCCCCAUUUUUCUAUGUAGUCUCUUUUUAUUCCUCUCCCUUUCCCUUCCUAACAUGUUUCGUUUCCCUAUCUCUGUCUAUCUGCUUGUCUUUCUCUCUUAUUCGUUACACUACUUAUUACUGGUUCGCGUUUGGCGGUAUCUUUUCAUUUCUCUCUAUCUCGGUCUUUCUCUGCUGCUCACACGCUUUAGGUGUGACGUAUACAUGUUUCAUGCUUUCAUCUCUUUUUCUCAUGAUAUUUGCAAUGCAUCGCUUUAACGGUUUUUCGUGAUUUUUCGAUGAAAAUAUUAAUUUGUCCGCCGAUACUAUUGUCCAAGUGUUUUAGAAUGACAGAGAUCAUGGCUAAUCGAGGUACUGCUCAAAGGCCAAAUGGUUCAACACAGGGAAAAAUAUGUCAGUUCAAACUCGUGUUACUAGGAGAAUCUGCAGUUGGAAAAUCAAGUUUGGUUCUUAGGUUUGUUAAAGGACAGUUCCAUGAAUAUCAGGAAAGCACGAUAGGAGCUGCAUUUUUAACGCAAACUGUAUGUUUGGAUGACACGACUGUAAAGUUUGAGAUAUGGGACACAGCAGGUCAAGAACGUUAUCACAGUCUUGCACCAAUGUAUUAUCGAGGUGCUCAGGCAGCAAUUGUUGUGUAUGAUAUUACAAAUCAGGACACAUUUGUGCGUGCACAAACGUGGGUAAAAGAAUUGCAACGGCAAGCCAGUCCAAGUAUAGUUAUAGCAUUAGCAGGCAAUAAAGCAGAUCUCACAAACAAAAGAGUCGUUGAAUAUGAUGAAGCUCAAGCAUAUGCUGAUGAAAAUGGUCUUUUAUUUAUGGAAACAUCAGCCAAAACAGCAAUGAAUGUUAAUGAUAUAUUUUUAGCAAUUGCUAAAAAGCUUCCGAAAAAUGAGCAGUCAGGAAGUGCAAGUACAAGUGGGCAAGGCCGUCGGCUCGUUGAAUCAGAAGGGCAAAAAGCAGCAACCGGCAAUUGCUGCAAGUGAUUAUCCAAA